AGCGCUGCAUUUCGUUCCGAAACUUCGUUCCUUUUCUCUUCGACGCAAGUUGAUGUACUUAUAUUAUCCAGCUAAAAAGAACAAAUUGUAAGCGACUUCCCAUUUUAAACUUUUGAAAGAAGAAACCGUCGCCUGCGCGAGUCGCUCUACAAAUUUGAAGAUAUGUAUACUAGCGACACGCGCGCAGCAUGAUGGAGAACGGUGAAGAUAUGGUGUCCACGCAUCCGACCGAUAAACAAAAUAGCAAGUUCUCGCACUUGUCUGCAUUUCCUGCGUUUGGAAGAAAACAAGCCGCAUGUAACGCGGACUUGGGAGAGAGGCAGGAAGGAAGAAGUGGAGCGGACCGUUCAGCCGUUCCUGUUCGCGAAGCGUUCACUUCCUGUUAGUCGAGCAUCGUCGGCUCGGAUCCCGCGCAGGAUCAUUCGAACCUAUGUACGUGCACGCACUCAGUAGCAACCCAGGUAUUCUGGGCCAACAUGGCGAGUCUUUGCAACUCUGUAAUAUUCGUAUUCUUCUCCUAUUGGAUGUCAACCUUGAGUCAAGGGAUUUUCGAUGACGACAAUCACGAGUGUGCGCGCCGUUGUUCCGACGAGCGAUCGUCGAGGAAGACAUGCGUCUACAACUUCUUUGUCACGGAGACGUACGAGGCGUCAAGUUUUUGCAAUGAAUCCGAGGACAAGGCCGAGAUUUCUAAUUGCGCAAAUUAUACCACGAGAAGGAAGCGUUUGGCGAUUAACGGGAGGAGUCCAGGGCCAGCUAUACAAGUUUGCUUGGACGACACGAUAGAGGUUGUUGUUCACAACAAAUUAGGAAGCGACGAAUUGGCCGUCCACUGGCACGGAAUCCGGCAGAAGGGUUUCAACCAUAUGGACGGCGUGCCCAUGAUAACACAGUGUCCUAUUUUACCCUUCAGUGGUUUCCGCUACAAGAUAAGUCCGGAGAGCGCGGGAACGCAUUUCUAUCACGCUCACUCAGUCUCCCAACAGGGCGACGGAGUGUACGGGUCGUUGACAGUUCGAGGACCACAGGAUGACCCCAGUCUGGAAAGGAUACUUGUACUGUCAUCAAGGUCGCCGACUCCGCUGACAGGACGAUCGCGCCUGCAUCCACCUACACCGGGCGAGCUCCUCGUAAACGGCCAGACGCGGGAACUGACGCUGCGGGUGAAACAUGGUCUUCGCUAUUUGCUGCGUCUCGUUAACGCCAAUGCACACGAUUGUCCCGUGUUGCUGUCCCUCCACGGGCAUUCGCUUCGAGUGUCGGCCGCCGAUGGCAACCCUGUGAAAUCGAUGACGGGCACGCAUGUCGUUUUAUUUCCAGAGACGGUUAAAUGGUGCGAUAUAAAAGAAACACCGGCUAGCGACUCGAAAUCGAGCGUUGCGGACCACCACGCUUCGGUUGCUCGGGCGUGUCAAAUCGUCUCGUGAUGAAUUAUUAUGAAGAGCACGAAACAGCUACGACGACGACGACAGCAGCAGCAGCAGCAGCAGCAGCAGCAACAGCAUUGGCGCCUGCGACGCGGGACAAAGACACGUGCGAGAAGAGGAAGGAGGCGCGAAGAGAGAAACGCAUGAGCGCGAGGAGGCGCGGUGUAUGCACCUUCGUGUGUACGCCACGCGUUGCUGAUUCCGAUCAAUCUCCCGCAUGUACUCCAACGCGACUGCACUCCCGUCUGGUGCAUUCACUGCGCCAAGAAAGAGAGACGACGGCAGACGGACGGAGUAAUGAACGAAUGAGGGAGAACGAAUUGGGGCAGAACGAGGGAGUGAGGAGCAGAGAGGGAGAGCUGACGAAGAGAGACGGAGAAGAGAGAGAGAGUGAG